AUUGCCAGAAUAGAAAAUCUCAACCAUUUAAGCAACCUCAGAGUGUUAAACCUGGCCCGAAACCACUUAAUGUGCGUGGAAAACAUCGACAGGCUGGAAUCGCUGGCGGAACUGAAUCUUCGAUAUAAUCAGAUCACCUCUGUGAAAGAUGUGAACGCUCUGCCCUGCCUCCAGCGUCUGUUCCUCAGCUUUAACAAUAUAUCUUGUUUCGAUGACAUCGUGUGCCUGGCCGACUCCUCGUCCCUUUCCGACGUCACCCUGGAUGGCAACCCAAUAGCCCAGGAGACAUGGUACAAGCCCACCGUUCUCCAUCAUAUGAUGCAGCUGCGGCAGCUAGACAUGAAGAAAAUCACAGUAAGGAAAGCGUCCUCUCGGGACGUCCUUACGAAAAGCCACGAUUCGCCCAAGGCUUCUUCACAAAGACAGACGUGGUUACAGGAAAAGAAACGCUUAACGAUUAGCAAUAUCGCCCGCCAGUGGGAGAGCCAGCAGAACCGCCUUGCCCUUCUGUCUGCCAAUCAAGAGAAUAACACAGACAAUGACUCCUGCCAGGACAACCAAAGUGAUGCGUACUCCUUGUCCGAAGAAACCAGGUCUCUCGAUUCACUGCUGAGCAAAACAGUACAAGGGCUGGCUGUCAUAGACUCUCACUUGGUCGAAGUUGACGGAGACACCCUGUAUCUGUACGGCUCGGGGGCUCUGGAAUCCCUGGAUCGGAACUGGAGCGUCCAGACGGCCGGAAACAUCGCCACGAUCGCCUUUAUUUUCAUAGACUUCGACGAGAUCGUUCCGGUGCUACCCAAGCUGAGGAUCAAACUUCCCAACUUUGUGCACUUGAAGUUCAAGGACACGAACCUCGUCACGCUGCAGCAGUUCAACGCUUUAGCGCAGUUCCGCCGCCUGGAGCAGCUGACCGUCGACGCCCAGGGAAACCGAGUGGUCAGCUUCACCUUGUGGAAGUACUACGUCCUCUUCCGGCUGAGCCAUUUCAACCUGCAGAAAAUAAACGGGGUGGAGGUCACGCAGAAUGACGUCGUCAUGGCAGAAAAACUGUUUGGCAUCUUGGCCUACGUCGCAUCCUCCGAUUUACCUUAUUGCCGCCUUCUUUCGCUGCUGGGAGAAACCAGGAAGAAGCAAUUGUGUUAUCUUUUGGAGGGGAAGGGGAAGAAAUUGGGGGCCGCUGGCGAAGAUGGCGGCGACCGGUGUAAGCCCGGAGGGGAGAACAUGAGUCGGGGUCUGUUAUGCUAUUCCACGCGGGACUCCCAGGCAGAGAAGCUGGAGGAAGCGGCGGACAGGAAGAAAUUCUGCCACACCUACGUCCAAGACCUGGUGAAGGAAGCGGCCGACAUCAACACGAAAAACGAGUCCCUGCAGAAGCUCUGGCCCCAGAUGUUCAUCGAACUGGUGCGGGACGCGGUGAUCGAGAUCCGCAGCAAGGACUCCUACACGAAGCUGUGCUUGCAGCGGGUCGCCGGUCAAAAGUCGUAGCGUCGAGACCUCCCCGGCCGAUCGGUUACCGUCCCGCGUUCGUUGUUCUGCAAGGGGGCGAGGACGAUGGAAUGAAAUCACCGUCAUCUCCCCCUCCCCCUCAAAUAACGGAUCGCCAAGGGGAAAUCUCAUUUUCGUAGUCCGGUAUCUCUCUGUAUCGUUUUCAGACGAGAGAUUUCUGUUUCUCCCGUCCAUUUGCAUCACAGCUGCACAUACUUGGCUAAAACAGCAAUAUGGCGGUAACUCGACGUCGGCCGUGUCUUCGACUGAGUCCACUUCUCGCUAUUUUCUGCUCCUGUUUUCGUGCCGGAGCGAAGGAAACCGGCCCCACUUCCCCCAGUGUUCACCUUUUGAAUUGUUUUCCUCAGUUUGACACUCCUGCUACCGCCGCCGUGGAGAAUAAUUGUUACCAGUCGAAAACACUGGAGUUUAACGAUCAAGAAAGCCAAUAAAUUAUUCUGUCCAUAAAUCCCAGUUUGAGGUUUCGAAGACCUUUGUGUUUUCAUUUGAUACAGGAGACCUGAAGAGGCCUGAGGGGUCAGAUCAGUGGCUCGACUGGUACAGUUUCAAGAGAGCAGCCAUGUUAGUUUGCAG